UAUGAAGUGACAACUGAACAGGGAGGCAUGGAUUUCUACAAAUGGUGUAGCGUCUUGUGCCAACUUUGGUUGUUGCCGUCUUGGAUAAGUACGAAGACAAUUCCGGAAGCGGCUGGGGAGAAACAUCUAAAUAGCCCGUCACGACCAGACAUUCAGGAUUCCUCUACUGUGUUCAGUACAAUAGCAAACUUUAAUGUGACAGAAAAUUACGAGACAACAUAUUCGGCCUCUACGGAUAGUUCUUCCAAGACGACAGAUUUGCCAAAGAUUACAAAGAAGUUAUCAACGGGGGCUUAUUCGGUCUUGGGAAAGAAUUCAUCUCCAAGGGAUUCGACGACAAAAUCUUCAUUAGAAGCAGAAAACGUAACUGUUUUUAUCGAUAACAUGUCAGAAAAUAAAACUUCCUUUGGUGAUAAUACGGAGAAAGUGCCGUCUGAAAACAGCGGUGUCGUUACUGUGGCAACCAGAAAUGUGUCACUCAACACAGCGAGAGUUACCGAGAGACACAAUAGUGAUAGCACGACUAUUGAAUUAGAGGGUUUCCGGGAGACCACCACGGUGAUUUACACGACAGUGGAUUUAGACAGGAAUAAGACCACUGUAAACACGACAACUCCCCUCGAUAUUGAUGACCUAUCCAAAACAAUCACUUACACCGACAAUGAGAAUAACACUUCAGCAAAUAAUUCAUCGUCUAUUUCUCCGUCAACAACUUUCCAUUCAAAGUCGACAACGGCUGUGGCGCAAUCAAGUGACAAAAGGAAACCAAUUCCAUGGACAACUCCCCAUCCGAAUGUCGUAAGAAACAUGUGGUUAGCAAAGCGAGCUAGAAGUCGAACACAUACGGGAUCUCUUCACCAUCUCAGUCUAGUCCCAAUAGAAGAUGGACCAUUUGGGAGUUUGAUUUGGAAGGACAAGAAAUACCUGAUCACGGUCCUCGUCCCCAUAGGCAUUGGUAUAAUUGGUGCCGUGUGCAUUAUCUCCAUGGCGUAUGUGGUUCGCUUCUGUCAUCGGCACGAAAGGAAAAUGCAAGAAAUCCGGGAAACCAUACAAAAGAGAUAUUCAAACCAGAAUGACCAAGUCAUACUACUCACGAACUCCUCAGAUGACGAAUUUUGAUGCUGCAAAUCUCUUUUUCAUUUGGAAAAAUUUAGUGAAAGUUGAAAAUGGCUUGACUUCAUGCUCCAACUUCAAUUAAGUAUUGUUCAUGGAAACGUUAUUUGUGUAAUUUAAAAUCAACUGUUUGUUGAAAUUGUUUCUCGAUAGCAAAUUUAAGAAAAAUAUACAUAAUUUGCAAGUAACGCUAAAUCAUUACAACAUACAUAAACGGUACAGAAACAAAUUUGCAUAUUAGUUAAAGUUUUAUUACGACUUGUCGCUGUGAAUGAAACUGUUAAGUCUUUAUGUUCCUAUAAUGACUUGCUUCCCGAAUAAAACACGGGCUUUAUUGUAAAAGUUGUUUAUUCAUCAAUGCAAUUGUAAGCCAAUCAAGUUGAAAUUAACGUUCUCAUUUACAACACUUAAUUGUUAGUUGUGUAAUACUCCUUUGAAUGAAUCAUGACAUUUCCUGGUAAAGGUAAGAUAGCACAAAUUCUUAAGCGGUAUGGCUAAAUCAUUUUUCUAGAAAACGACAUGAUAUUACUGAUUUGAAUGAUCAAUAUUUUGAUCUGUUUGAGUCAAGACGUAAAAAAAACAAAAAAACUAUGUUAUCUUUUAAAUCAGCAUUGUUUUAAAAACAAAAUCAUUAGCAAUUCAUGGCUAGGUUUAAGCUAAUUCAUGUUUACAAAUAAUUGUACAUCUGACAAAGAGUAUAAAAGAAAUACGGACUGUUAGCUAUUAACUUAGACGUAAGAAAGCAUCAAUUAGAAAUUUCUAAGAACGAAAUAAUAUCUUGAUAUUAACGAGAAGACACGCAUCUUAUUUUUUUUCAAUAAUAAUACAGUUUGAAAUUUAUAGUGCUUUUUUCAGUUUAUAGACCCUAUUGUAAAUUUUACAUUUCUUUAAUUCAAAUCAAAGCUUUGUACCUACACAUAUUAUUAUUUAUUUUAUAUUCAUUCGAAGAAAUGGACAAAUUACACAAUGUCCUAGUUUUUUUGUAAGUUAACUAUUAAUGAAGAAUGCUAUAUGUUAGCUACAGUCAUGUAACUUAACAAAAUUACUACUAGAUAUUAUGAUGUUUAUAAACAUGCCAUACAAUAAAAUUACCACUAGAUACUAUGAUGUUUAUAAACACGCCAUACAGUAAAAUUACCACUAGAUACUAUGAUGUUUAUAAACAUGCCAUACAAUAAAAUUACCACUAGAUACUAAAAUGUUUAUAAACACGCCAUACAAUAAAAUUACCACUAGAACCUAUAAUGUUUACAAACAUGCCAUACAAUAAAAUUACCACUAGAUACUAAAAUGUUCAUAAACACGCCAUACAAUAAAAUUACCACUAGAACCUAUAAUGUUUACAAACAUGCAAUACAAUAAAAUUACCACUAGAUACUAUAAUGUUUAUAAACACGCCAUACAAUAAUGUCUUCUAAAAACUUGCUGUGAAAAUAUUGCUAACAUUGGAAACAUGCCACACUAACAUCGCUGAGCAAUUGAGAACAGCAAAAUUACGAAAUUACAUUUGUUUGCAGGAGGUGAUUAGUUACGUGCUUUGAAUAUUGUCCCCAUAUUGAUAAAGGGUUGGUAUUUUCCUCUUGAUAUUGGUAUCGGUUUCAUCCUGUAGUCCAGCUAACAAUUACUUAUAGAGGCGAAAUUAUAUUGUCGUGUUGUGUUUGUUAUCGAUAUCACAGCGUUUACCUGAAAAGUUCAACCAAAAUAGCACCUAGCGUUUCUGACAACGUAUUAUAAUAAUAUCAUACACACAUGCAUUUCUGCCUGUUUACCGCAUCUAUUUUUUUUUUAUAUGUAUGGAGUACAGUAUUCAAGAUCUUUUACGUGAAAUUUUGUGAUUCCUUUCUUUGAACAAUAUGAUACCUGUACAAUACUCUCUAAAUACACAUUGAUUAAACGAGCGUGGAUAUCAAAAGUCAACAAGGCAAUAUAACUUUCAUACAUAUACGUGUUUUUAACUUCAUCAACCAAAAAUACCAAUCUUACUGAAUAUCUUUUGUGUGCAAUAAUCGCGUACUAUCAUUCGUGACGCCAUUUUAUAAUUCUCAUUAUAUUAAUUAUAACAAAACAUAACAGACUGAGAAUGUAAAAUAUCAGACUUGAACCAUCAGUAUACCUUGUGUAAAUAAUUGCUCAUAUUUCGAUGGCUUAAAAGGUGUUGUAUCAUUUGCUGUUAAAAUACAUGUGGCUAUUGAUUUUAACAUAUAUUAUGAAGUUGUAAAUUUGUUAUAUCAUAAUUGUAUUUCCCUCUGCAAUAUGAAAUUAAAUGUUUGAUGCUCGAUAAUAUGCUAGUCGGUUUCGUAGUGAACACCCUGGCUCUUAUUUUAACCCAGAUUUACAUUUGGUGAAAGUAAAUACGCUUAUCUCCUGGAUAACCAGGGGUUGUUCAUGCCAUGAUUAGCUUAAUCAUUGAUAACUGAAAAUAUCAUCUCUUUUUACUUCAUGACCCGUAUGUGUGCAUUCCUUGAAAUAUGCGGGUAGGAAGAGUCUGAAUGGUGUUAUUGAAUAUAAUAUUUCUUUUAAAGAAGGUUGUUACAGAAAUUAAUUUAUCAGGAUUUUUAAAAUGUUGUUAAAACUGUGAUUAGGCUAAUAAUCUUUUGAACAACUAAAUCCAUUGUGUUUUUGUUUAGGUGCAAUUUAACUUUGUCGUCGUUUUACAGAUUCCGAGUUGUUAUUAUUGUUAUGUUGACAUGUCGGUUUUCUUUUGUUUAGUAGACAUGUCGGUUUUCUAUUGUUUAGUUGCCAUGUCGGUUUUCUAUUGUUUAGUUGACAUGUCAGUUUUCUAUUGUUUAAUUGACAUGUCGGUUUUCUAUUGUUUAGUUGACAUGUCAGUUUUCUAUUGUUUAGUUGACAUGUCGGUUUUCUAUUGUUUAGUUGACAUGUCGGAUUUCUAUUGUUAUGUUGACAUGUCGGUUUUCUAUUGUUUAGUUGACAUGUCGGUUUUCUAUUGUUUAGUUGACAUGUCAGUUUUCUAUUGUUAUGUUGACAUGUCGGUUUUCUAUUGUUAUGUUGACAUGUCGGUUUUCUAUUGUUUAGUUGACAUGUCGGUUUUCUAUUGUUUAGUUGACAUGUCGGUUUUCUAUUGUUUAGUUGACAUGUCAGUUUUCUAUUGUUAUGUUGACAUGUCAGUUUUCUAUUGUUUAGUUGACAUGUCGGAUUUCUAUUGUUAUGUUGACAUGUCGGUUUUCUAUUGUUUAGUUGACAUGUCGGUUUUCUAUUGUUAUGUUGACAUGUCAGUUUUCUAUUGUUUAGUUGACAUGUCGGUUUUCUAUUGUUUAGUUGACAUGUCGGUUUUCUAUUGUUUAGUUGACAUGUCAGUUUCCUAUUGUUUAGUUGACAUGUCGGUUUUUACAUAGUAAUAUAAAUAUAUUUUCUAUCGUGCCAAUGAAUGUGGAACGUGUUAUACUCAAUCUUAUUAAUAUAUCAAUUUCAUAAAAAAAAAAAUAGAUGAAAUCUAAGCAAACUUAAUCCUAUUGUUGCUUUCAAUUCGUUUCAACAAUUUGUUCAAAAUUGUUCAAAAUUGUCAAAAAUAUCACGACAGCAGUAGAAGGGAGACAAUUCAAUCUGUAUCAACAUGACUGAAAACAUUCACAUACCGAAAACACAAAGCACAAAUGCAGUUUGUUUUAUUAACAGUUUUUAUAUAGUGUAUCAUGUCAUAUGGAUAUCAAUAGAUUUUGACCAAAAGUUGCAAUCAUGUUAAAAGCAAGUGCUACUAAUGUCUAUUAGGGGAUAUGGUGCUAAUGACAUACAAGGCAAUACAACACGUUAAGUAGUAUAUCAUAUCUUCAAUAUAGAAAGUAAUGCAAUAUAAUGCCGAGUAUUUGGAACAAUUACACACACCUUUAACAGUAUACAUCCACAGGGAUAAUGCUAUGGAUUCCUACUGAUUGUUGAUAUAAAAUACCUGUACCUUGAAUUAAUCCAAUUCGAUAAUUCUUUUCAUACCUGUACUGUUACUUGCUUUUGUUUCUUAUAGUGACCACAUAUCUUUGAGCCUGUAAGUUCUAAAUUAUUUGUCAAAUUAACAAUAAAUGAUGUUUUUAUAUU